AUGAACAAGUCUCUCAAUAGUUUAAAAACUAUUGAAAGAUUAGAUUUACAUCAUUCUCCAUACUACUCUUUGACUUUUAUUUCAUCUUCUUUAAAUUCUAUAAGAUCAAAUUCCAUUGAUCGCAGUCAUAAUAUUAAUAACAAUAAUAAUAGUAAUAUUAAUAAUAAAUCACAAUCAGUAUUAAUCAAUAAUAAUAAUAAUAAUAAUAGUCAAAGAUGGAGAAGUUAUUUUACAUCAUCUAGAGUCAGUUAUAAAUCAUCAACUUUUAAUAUUGAUCAUAUUCAUUUGAAUGUAAAUGAUCCUACUUCAUCGUCGCAAUCACCAUUCAAUGCCAUCAACCGUAUCUUGAGUAACAAGAUGGUUGCCAAGAAUGGCGAGGUCGUAGAAGACAUCUCAAGUUGGCUCUUGUCACCACUUCCAAUCGACUCCAACACCAAUGUCAGAUUAAACUCUCAUCCAAUGAUCAAUAUCCGUCAUAGUAAAGCAAUGUCAGCAACUUCAACAACGCCAACAACAACACCAAAAGAGGAUCAUCUGAUUGACGAGAUUGAAUCAUCUUCUUCCAAAGUACUAAGCAAAAGAGGUAGAAAGAAGAAAUUUGGUUUUGAAGACAAUACUACUCAGACAUCAUCAUCUACAUUGGAUUUACUUACACAACAACAAACACAAAUCAAUAAUAUUCAACAAAAAAUCAAACUACAAAAACAACAACAAAGAAGUCAAGAUGAAGUCAUCAUUCCUGGUAUGAACAGUGAUUCUACUUCUACUACCACUACCACUACUACUACUUCUACUACUGCUGCCACUCCAACCAUAGCCAUUCCACGAGGAAGAGGAAGACCAAGAAAAUUAGUGACAGAAGAAGUUUUGUUACCAGUACAACAAGAACGACAAGAAGAAUUGGAAACUCGUUUACAAUUGGCAGAGGUUCACCGCGAGAAUAGUCUAACACUUUCAGAACCAACCACUCAAACUAGUGAAUACAAGGAUUUCGAGAAAUAUAAUCACAGUGAAUUAUUUGAAACUAUGAAUCGUGAAUUAAGUAAUGAUUCAACUAGAUUUUUAAAAUUAUAUUUAAAUGAAAUUAAAUUUGGAGCACAACCAAUCAUGUCUGAUAUAUAUGAAUGGAUAUUGGAAAACAAUAUUGAUGAUGCCGAUGCUUAUAAUCUCUUUUUGGAAUCGUACGAGUCACAAAACCAAGAAAAGGAGUUUGACAGUGUGCUCAAAGUGAUGAAAAAGAAAAAGGUGGAGCAAAACAUCGAGACUGUCCACAUCCAGAUGCGAUUCGCCAUCAAGGGCAAUCGAAUGGAACAGUGCGAACAGAUAUUCUCGGCGUUGUUAAAGUCCAAGUUGGUGCCUACAGUCGAGGUGAUUCGGUUGUUGGUGCGUGGAUUCGGUGCCAACCCAAUCGUCAUUGAAAAGGUACAAGGAUAUUUCCAAAAGUACUCGCAUCUCAAGACACCGGAAAUCUACAAUUUGUUUAUCGCCAACUCGAUCGCCAAUAAUGACACGUCCGAGGUGAAGCAGUUGUACCGCAAGAUGACCGAGAAUGGAGUGUUGGCCAACAUCGAAACAUACCAUCUCCUCGUAUCCAUGUUUGGACGUCUCGGCAAGUUUGAGACUGCCAGCAACGUUAUUAAUCGUGUGCCCUAUUUCUUUGCCUCCAAGGAUCUGUUGCAGUCUGCACUGAUCAAGUCGUAUAUCGAUCACAAUUUGAUUGGUCGUGCGCUGCGUUAUGUGUCCAAGCUCAUCAACUACACACGUGUCGAUAUUAUCCGUCCCCUCCCCCUCGGCAUUCUCUGUCACGCUCUCCUCUCGCGUGGCAUGGACAAAGAAUUUGAGAUCCUCUUGAAGCGACUCGAAGAUAACGGUCUCUUAACCCUCUCACCCUACAAUACAGUGUUGCGUCACGUCGCUCAACACAAGUCAAAGGAACAGUACCUCGAAGUGUACUGUCGUAUGAUCCAAACCAUCCGUCCAUCAUUUCACACUUUCAAGUCGUUGAUUAGUGUCGCCAUGAAAUCUGAAGACGUCCAAGGUUGCAAGAUCUUGGAACAACAAAUUCUCGGUGAGUUGUCCGACUUUAAGGUAGGAUUGUUCCGUGACAUUAUCAAGUUUUAUCAUACCAUGGGUGACUUUGAAGCACUCGAUGACACGAUUGACUAUUGUUUCAAGGCAGGUAACAUGGUACCCAACGGCAUCAACCAUAUCCUCGUACACUAUGAAGUAGAAAAGAACGAAGCGUUGUUGGAUUAUAUCAAGUGCAAGAUGAGCGAGUGUGAACCAUCCUUUAUCUCGAUUCAUAUUACAAAGACUAUCCAACUGCUACUGGUUAUUGGCAACUAUCCAGCUGCACUCAACUGGCUUGCAUUGCGUCAGGAACGUUUUGGUCUACCUAUUGACGAGUUUGCCAUCCUUCCAUUCUAUUAUUUCCACAAACUGCGUGGUGAGUAUGACUUGUGCAAGUACUGGCUCCAAAAGGCCGAUAACCACGGUGCCAAACUCGAGUCGGUCCCCCAACACUUUGAGACCUACUUUAAACUCAACCUACGUCGCGACGGAACAUUCGUCUCGUGGAAGGAGCACAGUGAAGGCAAGGAAUUCGAAGACGUCUACAAGUACAUCAACCACCCACACUCACUCCAUCUCGACAACCGUGUCAAAGAGGUGUUUGGUGAGACCAAUACCCGUCAAGCCAAACCUGAAGACGACUAUGUUGCCGGCAACAUUGACAUUGAAGGUUACUAUGAACCAACCAAGACAUACGAAAAGAUUCUUCGUGAAAAGGAAGCCGAAGGUAUGGUCGUACCACCUACUCCACGUCACGUUGGCCAGAUUGCCACCAACACUACCUUGUCGACCAAGAUGAACGGUCGUGUCGUCGAACUCAGUGCCACCAACAUCAAUAACCAGACAUAUGUGCACAUCGACUUUGCAUCGCGUAUUACCUAUCUCAUCAACCAAGACAUGCUCGACGUCGCCUUGUCAGAGACAUGGGAGCGUGAAGAGGCCGGUCAGUUUGUCGGCGAGUUUGUCUAUAUCUCGCUUCUCACCUAUCUCAUCAAGGCAGGUCGCGAAGCAGACUCUCGUGAAGUCUUUAUCAAGAUGUUGCGCAAGCAGUACAAGGCACCGAUGCCCACUAUCUUUAAGCUCUUUAAGCUGACCAAUGAAAGUGGCACGCUCUCCUUUAUCGCCGACAUUCCACGUGACAUCAAGCCAGCCUACCUCGACGAGAAAUACUAUUCCUUCUUGAUCAGUGCCAACCUCGAAAAGGGUCUCAGACAUGUAGCAAGUCAAGCCAAAGAAGAGCUCUUGGCCCAACCAGACUAUCGCAAUGCCUUGGCCGUCGGUUACCUCCAACAACACAGCUACGGAAUGGCCGAGAUGCUUAUCACCAACAUCAUCUACUCGGGAUCACCCCUCCAACUCAUGGUCAUCAACGAAUACAUCGAGCAACUCAAAUCCUCUCCACACAACAAUCCAAAUCAUUCACUCUUGGUCUUGAUGCGUAAGCAUUUAAUCUCAAGAUCGGUCAUUCCUCCACCUGAAUUGGAGAUUUUAAUUAAUAGAUCUGAUGAAACGAUCGUUCAACAAAGACUUUAA